AUGUCGUGUCUGCUGCCGCAAUUCAGGUGCUUGCCGGACACUUUUUCGGUUAACUUCAAAUCCCAGAAUCAUUUUGGCACUCAUCCAGCAAAAAGUAGGGAUCCUAUUUAUUUCCGGACACAAUGUAUCUUAUCUACGGCAACAACCACAGUUCUCGAGUUAGAGAGGCUACAAUUAUCAUCAUUAGAAGCCAUUUCAAAUUCAGUUCCUGCUGACAGAUCUUCGAAACCAACAGGAACUGCAGUGCUUGACUUGGAGAAGCUAAAAUUACCCUCUUUAGAUGUUCAUUCCAACUCUAUUGCCGCAAACAGACCAUGGACGUAUAUUGGAGCAGUUGGUCCACCCACUGAGGCAAAUCGUCAAGCAACUUUAGCUACAGAAACUCUUAUUACAAGUGAGGAGGCUGUUGUAGCAGCAGCUGCAGCUGAAGCACUUGCUUUAGCAAAGGCAGCAGUCAAGGUUGCAAAAGAUGCAGCCAUGAUGGUCAGUAAUCGUACUGCCACGAUGUCAGAUUGCGAAACUACAGAAAUCUUACCUGAAGUGGAUAAUUUAUUGUUGGAGAGGAAUCAGCUUGCUCAUUUUGCAGAAAGAGUGGAUGGCAGACAGUCUAAGGUUUCUGAAGGGUUGGGCAAAAAUCAUUCAGCUUCUUACCUCCUUACGAAAUCUGAUGUGGAGCCUAGUCACGAAGAACUCGAACUUCUUGAGGCUCAAUUGUCCAGGAGUAUAGCUGUGAGAUCAAAUCGUCAAACAGAGCGAAAAGCCAGGAGAGCUAGAGCAGCAGAGAAGGCAGCUGCUAAUGUUGUGUCUGUGAAAUCUGGUUCUACGUCCCGGAAAAAACGGGUUUUGCAGGAUAUAGAUUAUUCUGACCCAUUGCGUUACUUAAGAGGAACUACUAGUAGUUCCAGGCUCCUUACGGCAGCUGAAGAACAGAAGUUGUCAGUAGGAAUACAGGACCUACUAAAAUUGGAAAGGCUCCAGGAGGAACUCACAGAACGUUAUGGGGACCAGCUUACUUCUGCUCAAUGGGCUGCUGCGGCUGGCGUUGAUCAGAAAACCUUGAGGGAGCGUUUAAAUUAUGGCAUUCUUUGCAAAGAUAAGAUGAUAAAGAGCAAUAUACGUCUUGUUAUUUCUAUUGCAAAAAAUUAUCAGGGAGUUGGGAUGAACCUUCAAGAUUUGGUUCAGGAAGGAUGCCGAGGCCUUGUUAGAGGUGCAGAGAAAUUCGAUGCUUCAAAAGGGUUUAAAUUCUCCACUUAUGCUCACUGGUGGAUAAAGCAGGCAGUUCGGAAGUCUCUUUCUGACCAAUCCAGGACAAUUCGAUUGCCGUUUCACAUGGUCGAGGCAACUUAUAGAGUGAAGGAAGCAAGAAAGCAACUGUUUAAUGAAAAUGGUAGACAACCUGAUAAUGAAGAAGUUGCAGAGGCAACUGGGCUCUCAAUGAAGAGGCUCAGUGCAGUGAUGUUGACUCCUAAAGCUCCAAGAUCUCUUGAUCAGAAAAUUGGGAUAAACCAGAAUCUCAAACCUUCGGAAGUCAUUGCAGAUCCUGAAGCAGAAACAUCCGAAGACUUGCUUAUCAAGGAAUUUAUGAAACAGGACUUAGCCAAGGUUCUGGAUACACUAAACCCGAGAGAAAAGCAGGUGAUUAGAUGGAGGUUUGGCCUAGAAGAUGGUAGGAUGAAGACAUUGCAAGAAAUUGGGGAGCUUAUGGGCGUCAGCCGAGAAAGAAUCCGACAAAUUGAAUCCUGUGCAUUCCGUAAAUUGAAGAAUAAGAAAAGAACGAAACAUUUGCAGCAAUAUGUGAUGCCAUAA